UAUUUUGAAUAUGUUUUUUAAUCACUUACUUAUUAAUAAUAAAAGCUUAAGAAAUGAAUAUGAAAGUAUUUAACAAACUUAAAAACAACAUCAGUUUACAACUGUGCAUUUGCUUAAUGACACUCGUUAUUGACCUAAUAGUCACGGUAACUAAUUCUUGGGCGGUUCGAGAAUUUAACACUUUAAACAAUCCGGGUGACACUAAAGAACGAACCGUUGGAUUAUUUAUCGAAUGCACAAUUUUUGUAUCUAAUAAAAAAGAAUGCCAGUCUUACACAGACACAAGCGAUUGGUUACGUUGUUGCCGCGCUAUGUCAAUUAUAUCUUGUUUACUUCAAUUUUCUGCGGUAAUACUUACAUUGGCUAUAAUGUUAAAACCCACUAAACGCUUUGAUUUGCUGGCUGCUACAUGUUUUUGUUCUGGGGUAUGCAUGCUGAUUACAAUCAUAGUGUUUGCUGCAAUGAAUCAUCGCACAAAACACAAUUUCUACAAAUAUGGUUGGUCCUUCAUAGUAUCUGUUAUAGCAACUUUAUUUUCAGCAGUUUGUGGAAUUUAUGCAAUUUCAAUGAUGAGAGUGAGUGAAAGUCAACCAAAAAAAUAAAAUAAUGUAUUUUAUAUAUUUUUCAUAUAUUAUAUAUUUUCUAUUUAU